AUGGUCCGCUCAACAUCCACACUUCUCGCCAUCGUGGCAUCCCUCAGCUUUCAACAAUUCACAUCUGCUGUCCCCAUUUCAGGACUAGACCGAACCGUCUUGUCAUAUGGGCUCACGACCCGUGACGUAGAGACCCAAACACCAGAAGUACUCUCGAGAAGAGAAGAUGCGACAUCACCCGAAAGCCGUGGCAAGGAGCUGCUGGAGCUGCACCAAAAAGCAAUCAAGGACAACGUCGCCGACUCCACCACCUCUUCCGACAAGAAGGACGCCACCGGCUUCAACCCCAGCGACCCUCUCAAGAGGCCGCUCGUCUUCCCGGAGACAAUGUAUGGGAUCGUGCACAGCAUCACCAAGAUCUCGCUGCCGGAUUGGCGCCUCAUCGCGGCCGAGUGGGAGGCGGUCAAGGAUCUUUCCAAGGACGACAUGGGCGGGUUCGAGCCGAGCGGCAAGGCGCGCCGCUUGAAGCUGCAGCAGUCGUACGACAAGACCAUCGUCGAGGGAGUGUACGCCGAGGAGGGUGACUUUAUCGCUCUCUCGACGGCCGACUCGAGCCGGGCCGACAAGGACGUGCCCGUGUUUGAGAUGGUGUGGCAGUCGUUUGCCGACGUGGCCGGAGACAAGGUCAAGAACCUCAAGGUUAUUUACUUGACGGACCUGGAGUCGGGCGACUUUAAACAGGUCGCCGAGCUCAACUACGAAGAUGCAAAGCAGGACAAAGACAAGAAGGUGACGUGGGAGAUCAAGAACAACCCGAGGCCAAAGAGGUUCCAGCGCUUCGUGGGCGUGGAGCCAGUUUCGAGCAUGUUGAUGAUGCUGAUGAACCACCAUCAGAAGCUGGGACACAAGGAGGUGACAAAGAUCAUCACCAUGCCGACCAAGGGUAGCAAGGACUUGAGCAAGGUCACUGUUGCGCUGAUAUUGGAGGAUGCGAAGUAG